GUCCGGUCUGACCUACCCUGGAGCGAGCCGGGCACGUGACCCCGCGUGACCCCCGCGUGGCCCCGCGAGACGGGGGCCGGAGCCGAGAGUCCGAGAGGCGGGAUUCGGACCGGUUAGUAGAAAGGAGAUCCGAAAAGGUGGAACUGAAUUUGUACAUCUCGACAAGGAUCGGAAUUAAUACGGCGAGGGAGGCGCCUAAGGCCCACGACCCUGGCCAAUCAGCGUCCGGGAUGAGCUGAGAGGCCGGGAAGGGGAAAGGGGCCAAAUGGUACUGCGGUCACAUGCCGCGGGGUCUAGUGGGAGGAGCGGUUGCCCAGCGGCCGCUCGGCGCUUCCUGUUUCCGGUUCCCGGAGUGGAGCUCAGCGAGGCGCCCUGGGGGACGCUGGCUCUGCCACGAGCUCUGGGAUCGGGGUCUGCAGCCGGCCCCUUGCUGGCUCUGUCUCCCAGGCGCAGGCAGAUAUUCGGCCGGGGAUACUGAGCUUUGGCUACUCGCUUUGCCCGUGACACAAAUCUCAAAAACAAUCCGUGGAUACCAGCUCUUCACCAAGGCCAAUGCUGUCUUCUUUGAACGCACAUGAAAGGGGCACAGGAAGGACAGGAGGAUGGUCCCCGUCGACAGCUCCUGGAGGACUGGUCUGCCCCUGCUGCUGCUCCUGGCCGUGGCAGUGAGAGGGUCCUGGCAGGCAGAAGAAAAAACAUGCGACCUGGUGGGAGAAAAGGGUAAAGAGUCCGAGAAAGAGUUGGCUCUACUGAAGAGGCUGAAACCACUGUUUAACAAAAGCUUUGAGAGCACCGUGGGCCAGGGCUCAGACACGUAUAUGUACAUGUUCCGGGUGUGCCGAGAAGCUGGCAACCACAGCUCUGGGGCAGGCCUGGUGCAGAUCAACAAAAGUAAUGGGAAGGAGACAGUAGUGGGGAGACUCAACGAGACUCACGUCUUCAAUGGAAGUAAUUGGAUCAUGCUCAUCUAUAAAGGGGGUGAUGAAUAUGACAAUCACUGUGGCAAGGAGCAGCGCCGGGCAGUGGUGAUGAUCUCCUGCAACCGACACACCCUAGCGGACAAUUUCAACCCUGUGUCUGAGGAGCGAGGCAAAGUCCAAGACUGUUUCUACCUCUUUGAGAUGGACAGCAGCCUGGCAUGUUCCCCGGAGAUCUCCCACCUCAGCGUGGGUUCUAUCUUACUUGUUACGUUUGCAUCACUGGUCGCUGUCUAUAUCAUCGGGGGGUUCCUGUACCAGCGACUGGUGGUGGGAGCCAAAGGAAUAGAGCAGUUUCCCCACUUAGCCUUCUGGCAGGAUCUUGGCAACCUGGUCGCAGAUGGUUGUGACUUUGUGUGCCGAUCUAAACCCCGAAAUGUGCCUGCUGCAUACCGUGGUGUGGGGGAUGACCAGCUGGGGGAGGAGUCAGAAGAAAGGGAUGACCAUUUAUUACCGAUGUGAUUGCACUUUAAACGUCCAGCUUCUUCAGCCCCCAAACCAAAGCAUCCUCAGCCAGAUUUCUUAAGCAGUCUCCACUCCAGUCUCUCAUCUUACCCUUAAUAUUGCUCUUGCUUUCCAGUUUGCUUUUGGUUUGCAGCCACUCACUCGUCAGUAGUAGAAAUGCCUUUCCUUUGUUCCCUAUUUUGUUUUCCCUCAAGGUACCCUUACAGGACAAAGAUAAUAGGGCCAGUGACAGAGGCGGUUGCACUGUCUCUUAGUAUCAGAAAGUACAAACAGGAGUUCUUCCAAGCAAAAGGGUGUGGCAGGCUCCCUGACCCUUUCUUUUUUAAACACAUUUUCACAAGUUUUUGAGACACUGGAUUUCUUUAAUUAAAAAAAAAAAAAAAAGCAAACAUUAUUUAUACAAGGUUGGUUGCUUUCAUGCUGUUACUCUGUACCCUACAGUAGUCUCCAUGAGAAUCUGGAUGUAAUUUCUUGCUGCUUGGAAUUACUUUGCAGUGAUUGCUUGGUUGCUGUCCAAGUACUGCCAUUUGGUCUGAGCCUGGAGAUAACAUAGACCUAAUUCUCCCACCUCUGGGAUCAGGAUGGGGAAGUGUGAAAUUUCCCAAUUAGAGGAUUACAAGGUACCAUCCGUCACUUGCUGGCAUAGGAGUGACUAUAGCUGGAACUGGCCCUAAAUUGUAGUCUUAAGAGAUUGGUCCAUUUGGAGCCAAAAUGCCUAAUCCAGAAGUCCAGUCCGUUGGAAAGGGAAAUUGAAAUUGACCUCCUGUGCUACCAGAGGUCCAGAAAAGGGAAGUCUGUUUACCUUGCAGUGGGAUCUCCUUAAUGGCUUUCUUUUCCCACUUGCAGUAAAAGCUGGCAAAGCUUUUCUCACUCCUAAGAUGUUUCCCUUUACCAGUAUUUCUAAACAUGUUGCACUUUCUUUCACAGGCAUGCCAUUUUGACUUCCAACCCCCCAAAAUCUUCUGGAAAGGGAAUGGAAGCAGAAGUGGGACAUCUAGGGCUCUGCCAUCUUCUGCUCUGGGUGCAGGAUGCCACCGCACCUGUCCCUCCUUUCAGCUCAGGGAAGUGUCUUCUUGCCCACAGUUUCUGUGGGGGGAGGUUCUUAAUCCUCUGAUGCUUCCACCUUUCUCUUUAGGCCAUGUACCCAGAAACCUGGCCUGAUCUUUCUGGAACGGUUGGCCUGGGCCACUGGAGAGUACUGUGGCUCCACUGGACACAAGAGGAUAGAAUCAAUAGGCAGGGGCCUUUUUUAGCCUUUAGAGAAGAACAUGAAAUUAUUUCAUCUUUGGACUUUUAAAUAAUAUUGGAAUUUUUUUUUCUUUUAAACAGGGAAAAUAAUGUUAUGAAAGCUUUUUUUUUUUGUUGUUAUUAUUUGUUUGCAUCCCUCCCCAUACCCUGGUGUUUUAAAAAUGCAGGAAAAAAAUACACUUUUUUGUACAAAAACACAUAAAAGAUU